AUGGAAGUUACUAAGUCAGCGAAAAGUGAUUUGCACAAAGUGGUAGUGAAUAGUCAGUGUCGGCUACCAAUAAACUGUGACCGUUGGAGAAUGAGAAGAAAAAUUUAUAUGACGGAUACGGAAAGCAAAAGAAAGGGGAAGGAGUGUUUAACAAAGUUAACAGUAAAUCGAACUAAAAUCGACACUAAAAUGUGGUCGUAA